CCGACUCCUAUGACAUUUAGCCAAUACUGAGCGUGUUGUCGGAACUAGGAAAUGUUUUCACGCGCUGAAAAUCCAAUCCGCUUUCUACGCGAGGCUUUAGGCUAGAAGCGUGCAACCGAUGAGGGUCCAAACAGUUCCAAGGUUGAUUGGCAAACAUCACGCCAUCUACCUCGUUGGACAAGUCAUUAUAAGGCAAUCAGCACGACCAAACUGAUUUACUUAUUCCACUGAAGGUUGCUGCUGUAACCGUUCCAGGGACAGGCGUUCUGAUGUGUAAACUGCAGCCAUCUUGGAUCGAUAAAUUGACUUGUGGGUGGAGUGGGAAAAGGGGACAGAAGGCCGGUCAAGGGUACACGAAGCUAGGGGGAGAGCCCUGCACAGGCCAGAGUGACCCCUAGGGAUGCACUUCAAGGACCUACAGUCGUUGUGAAAACUGGAUCAUUAGCGCAGAUUAGAUAGGAAUUCCUUAAGCAGCCACAGCUCUGCUCGGUGAGGUUUCUUCUGUCACACGCAGAAAGAAAUCGCGGAAGAGAAAUCCACUGAGCAGCAGACGACACGAGUAGAGAGAAGCCAGUAGGAAGCAGGCGAUCAUGACGGUGGCGGGAAAGCGUUCUGAGUCUGGGCAACAGUGCUGACGUUCUCCCUUCAAUCGAUAUCUACAUUGACACCAAGAUAUGAUGGCACAGAUUAGCUAUAUUAGGCCAAAGCGUUCUCAGGAUUAAGCCCAGCCUUUACAUAUCGUCUGCUCAGGGGUGGAACCCCCUCGUGGCUGAUAAACAGGCGACAUAAGGGGGCCACGCGGAAAGAAUGCAGUCGGCGAUUCGGGCAGGCGAGAGAGUCUUUCAUCAUGGCUACGAGCCAUCUGACAAUAGAUUCUGACUUUCAAUGUGUCAAACUUGCUGUACUUGGCGCGCCGGGAGUUGGCAAGAGUUCUAUUAUACGACAAUUUGUGUGCAACCAGUUCGCCGAGGAUUACAUCCCAACUGAGCAGAAAGAAGUCUUUUGUCCAUCUGUAAUCAUCAACGAUCACCUGUAUGAACUGAAGAUAAUCGAUUGUCCAUACAUUCCUUACUUUCCAGUCAAUUCUUUGUACGAGUGGACAGACUUCCGCGGGUAUGGCCUCCGAAACGCCACAGCCUACAUCCUUGUCUACGACAUCACGUCCGAAGAAAGCUUCCAGUAUAUCAAGACCCUCAGGGAUCAGAUCCUUGAGAGUCGGGACAUGCACGAUGUCCCUAUCUUCGUGGUUGGGAACAAGCACGACCUGGCGGAAGAACGGGGUAUGCCACGAAGAGAAGUGGCGAACCUCGUUAAGAAACAGUGGAAGUGUGGCUACGUCGAGUGUUCCGCAAAAUUUAACUGGCAUAUUAUUCUUAUGUUUAAAGAACUCAUGAAAGCUGUGGAUUAUAUAGACUACGGUCAUAAACCUACAGCAGCCAGGGUUCAAGAUGCUCUUAGAAGGAACCGAUGCUUGAUAUUGUGACGUCUAACUGUGUGUAACUUUGGAAAAUUAUGAACGACUCUGUUUGUGGUAUAUGUUGAGGGAUAUGACAAAAUAUCCUUUUCCGGAUUCAAGAGAUAAUGUAAUGUUCUAAAUCGUGAGUACUGUCAGCCUACUCAUUGGCGCGUCACCUGGCAUGGACGUAUUAUGAACUAACCAAGAUUUAAAGAUCUUACAUUCAUUGCAACUGUACGAAGAGCAAAGUUAUUCUUAUAUGCCUAACGUGAACAUGCCAGGCACAGUUUUGAUAUUUUGUAUGCUUCAUCCAAUCAGUAGAUUACAUUGUAGUAUUAUUAUCGUGUACGAGUCCAACCAAGACAGAACAUAUUCAUAGCUCAUACGAUCAAUAGGUUAGAAUAGAAAAAAAUGCAAACCACGGUGAACGAACAUCUGUGUUUUAUACCACUGUGUAAUAUCGUUAAGUGAUAACGCUCCUUGUGCAUAAUAGCUGCACUCAACAAAUGCUCAACUCGCCACAGUGGUAGGAAAACGCAUAACAAUACAGAGAGGACAGAUGCCUUCUUUUGUAUGUAACAAACCUAUUUAAAAGAUGUCAUAAAAUAGAUGUGUAGCUUUGUAUGUAGAAAAUCAAUAACCUGGAAUGUAGUGGAAAGAACAAUCUUGCCAGUGAAAAUAAAAUGAUUAACAAAA